AUGCGCGUUUUCCGCGCCAGCGAGACGGACGACACGCCGCGCGAAGGCAGCGAGACGGACGACACGCCGCGCGAAGGCAGCGAGACGGACGACACGCCGCGCGAAGGCAGCGAGACGGACGACACGCCGCGCGAAGGCAGCGAGACGGACGACACGCCGCGCGAAGGCAGCGAGACGGACGACACGCCGCGUGAAGGCAGCGAGACGGACGACACGCCGCGCGAAGGCAGCGAGACGGACGACACGCCGCGCGAAGGCAGCGAGACGGACGACACGCCGCGCGAAGGCAGCGAGACGGACGACACGCCGCGCGAAGGCAGCGAGACGGACGACACGCCGCGCGAAGGCAGCGAGACGGACGACACGCCGCGCGAAGACAGCGCGCGGGAUGGGAGGCGCGACGGUGGCGCUGCUUCCAGCAAGAUCCAGGCUCCUCCCGGUUGGUGA